AUACCUAAGACUUGAGUUUUGGAAACAAAGAAUGGGUGAAGCUAACUGGUACACCAUAGCUCUCAUCAUUUUCCCUCUCCUCCUACUCUUCUUCAAGCUCUUCACAUCGAAACAAGAAACAUACAAGAAUCUCCCCCCAAGUCCUCCUGGGCUUCCCAUCCUAGGCCAUCUCCAUCUACUAAAAGAGCCACUGUACCAAACUCUGCAAGGCUUUUCAGAUAAGUAUGGCCCAAUCAUCUUCCUUCGGUUCGGACCCAGAAAGGUCAUCAUUGUCAACUCUCCUUUGGCCGUCGAAGAAUGUUUCACAAAAAACGAUAUUAUCUUUGCCAACCGGCCACGUAGUCCCAUCGGAAAACACCUCACCUACGACUACACCACAAUAACUGCAGCCUCAUAUGGUGACCUUUGGCGCAAUCUGAGGCGUAUUACAACCUUAGAGAUUUUCUCGAAUGCUCGACUGGAGAGGACAUCUGGUAUACGAGGAGAGGAAGUGAAGUUUUGGUUGAAUCAACUCACGAAAAAUUGUGGUGAUGGUGGGUAUAGUAAGGUGGACUUGAAAAACAAGUUUUUUGGGCUCUCUUUUAAUGUUACAACAAUGAUGAUCAUGGGGAAGAGGUUCUAUGGAGAGGAUGUGUCGGAUGUUGAGGAGGCCAAGCUCUUUCAGAAUUUGAUGAGGGAGCACUUUGAACUUGCUCAAAUAUCACAUCCAUCAGACAUUUUCCCGAUCUUGCUGUGGGUGGAUUUUUUUGGGAUUGAGAAGAAAUUAGUAGCCAGUGCAGAGAAGAUGGACAAGUUUUUGCAGCAUCUAGUUGAUGAACGACGGAGAAUCAGUGCAUCAAAACAAACGAGGACACUAAUCGACAAUUUGUUGUCUUGGCAAGAAACAGAACCAGAGUUCUACACCAACAAUAUUAUAAAUGGGAUUAUAAUGAUAUUGUUACUUGCUGGAACUGAGACUUCAUCAACAACCAUGGAAUGGGCGAUGUCACUACUACUUAACCAUCCAGAUGUAAUGAAAAAAGUUCGAGCAGAGAUAGAUGCUCAUGUUGAACAAGACCGCAUCAUAAACGAACAAGACUUGCCCAAGUUGAAUUACCUAUCAAAUGUAAUCAAUGAAGCACUCCGAUUAUAUGCACCUGUCCCACUUCUACUGCCACAUGAAGCAUCUGAAGAUUGUACUGUGGGAGGUUAUGAUGUCCCGCGAGGUACGAUGUUGAUGGUAAAUGCGUUGGCCAUUCAUAGGGACCCUAAGCUAUGGGAAAAUCCAACAAUGUUUAUGCCAGAGAGGUUUGAAGGAGAUGGUGCUGAAGAUGGGUAUAGGCUGAUUCCAUUUGGCAGUGGAAGACGUGGAUGUCCUGGGGCUAGCCUGGCAAAAAAGAUGGUUGGGCUUGCACUUGGAGCCUUAAUUCAGUCAUUUGAAUGGGAGAGAGUUGAUGAAAAUGAGGUGGAUAUGGCUGAGAGUUCAGGCAUCACCAUGCCCAAGUUGAAGCCGUUAGAGGCCAUGUGCAAGCCACGUCUAUCCAUGAGCACUCCAUGCCUUGUUUGAUCUUUUUUUGAUUUAGUAUUACUACAGACAUACAAAUAAAUAAAUAAAUCAUAUAAAGUUUCAAAAUAGACACAAUCGAGUGUGGGAUCCAAACCUACCCUUAUGUCUAUUAUUAUUAUUAUUUUUGUUUUUAAAAUUCUCUUUUUCAUUUGUAAAAUGAGUGAAUGAAGCUCAGCUCUGUAUGAAUGUUCUGUAUGGGGUACCUUUUACCCAAAUAUAUGGAUGUUAUCUUCUUGGGAAA